AUGUCUCUCCUUCAUAACGAAGAGUCAGUCCUGGACCCCUCAAUCUUCCCUGGCUUCAUGCUAAUUGAGCGCAGCUUUACGAUAUGGCAGCUGCGCACUUCUUACCUCUCUACGAUCAAGGAUGGUAUCGGCGACAGACUUAUCAACGUCAAUCAUUCCGUACUUAACACUCCCGGAUUCCGCGCUGCGGGUUGGCCGGCAGCCUCCGCAAAUCACCCCUCACAACUUGCAGCCAGCAUAAAGCGAACAUACUCCCCUCCUAUUCCUACAACUACAGCGGUGUCAUCCGAAUACUAUCAACUAGGCAUUCGAGAUUUGAAUGAUCCACAAAGACUUGGAUUUGGGGAGGAGGGGGAGGAUGACGAAGGGGGAAUGGUGACGGGGAAAUCUACUACAGAUGGAAUCGGCCGCCGGAACCCUCUACGGAACGAAAAGCGCCUGCAUCGAAGAGAACGCCAGCAAAGAGAACAGCAGAAGGUAAGGGAGAUUGAGGAGGAGGAUAGCAGCGACCUGAGCGACGAAAGUGACGACGAGGGCGAGGCCCCGCAAAGAGCUAACGAAGAGAUCAAGUUUCCAAAAGUUCCUGUACGGAUCAGAGCAGGCUCGUCGCCUAUCAGAGCUACUGAUCGCCAAGAAAGACCACAAGUUAUGGUCACACAUCCUUCGCAUACAUCAAUGAAUAGCCAUUACCGUACAGGCUCUCUUGGGACAGCCCCAAGCGUCAAUGAGCGCCCCCGGCGGGACACGACUACGACUAUGACCAGUAGUGAUAUGUCCUCAGACCAUGAGAUUGAUUCAUCCGUGCCGGGGUACAAAAGGCGCCAGAUACACUUCUCUGGAUACGAUCAAGUGAUAGAUCUAGGAAAGGCCAGCAGUGACGGGCUCGAGCAAUUGGAUGAGCAGGAGGAAGACUCCGAUGCCGGGUCAGUGGAGAGUGCCCUUUCGUCAGAAUUUGAUGCGACGGCCGGUUCUGCGUCACUUCUAGGAGCUGUCGGUAUAACUGGCGGCCUCAAUUCGUCAUCGCCAAUUGCUUUGAUGCACAAGCUACCACAUGGACCGAGUUCUCAAACAGCAUCUCCCCGGAAGCCAAAACCACCCGCACCAGAACUGCAGGACUUGCCACCUCCUCGACCUAUCAGCACGGUGCAGCCUGUUAGCCUGCUCUCCACAGCACUCAAUGCUCGCGCAAAGGCACCAUCGAACCCCGUUGAGAAGUUCGCCGUACUUUCUGGUAAGGGCCUAACUGAUGCCUUGAAUAUUCGACUAUAUUUGCCAUUCUCCUCGGACCCUGAAGAGCCCCUCGACUUGCCGCUCGCUCGCGAGUCGAAAUUAGCGGACCAACCAGCACCAGUGACUGUCGUCGAGGCUAUUGGACUGGCACUUUGGAGAUACGCUGAAGAGCGCCGGCAACCUCCUAUCGAGCGAGAAAAGCUCAACGUGAAUAGGUGGACGCUUCGAAUGGUGGAGGAUGGCGAGGUCGAAUAUGAUUUUCCGCCGUUGGGUAGAACAUCAGACAUAACCGAUUUCACUUCAAACAACAACAGUCGAGCGGGUGGCAUGCGCGGCAGAUCCAGAGGAAAACAAUAUGACGAGUUUGCUCUAGUUGAGGCUUCUGAUUCGGAGUUCGAGGAGAACCAGCGCCUGUACCCGGUAGAGAACGCCUCUGCUCCGGCUGAGGAGACAGGAGAUGCAGUACCUGCGCCACUCGCUAUCCCGGCAACUCAACCGAUUGCGCAAAAUAAAACGUCUCGUCCGAACCCGAUCCUAGGACAACCAUUCUCUUCAGCCUUGAAUGACAAUACCCUGACACCUGCUGAUCGUCCAGCGGUGCCGGUUUCUCAUGCUACACCCCGUCUUGGCGUUUCAAAGACGCUGAAGAUUCGGUAUAUCAACUUGGAAUCAUCGACUCAAGUUACAACCCUAAAUACCUCGACGGAUAGCUACAUUGCAGAAAUUCUUGAUUCCGUUUGCAAGCGAUGGGGAUUGGAUAAAGGGAAUUAUCUGCUCAAAGUGAUGGGCUCCAACACAAUUGCGCCGCUGGACCGCACUGUUGAAGCAUUGGGCAAUAUUACAGAAUUGGAUCUUGUUCGUCGACGCUUCGGCCCACAGGCAUUGACAGGGUCACCGGUCAGCUCUUCGCCUAACGCACCACUGAUGGUUGAGAACUCAGCUGUGCCGAGUAAGAAAGGAAAGAAAAGCGGGCAGCGAAUGCUGCAUCCUCUCACGCAAAAGCAGGACCUUAUCGGAGGAUACUACCGGCGAUAUUUUGUGCUUCGCAAACAGUCGAUGGGGUUCACCACUUCCUUGCAUCGGGUCCUCACAUUUGAUAACGACUACAUGCACAUCAUGCCUGCAGACACGGGUAAAAAUGGGUCCGACACCAAGACUCGAUCGAUCAGCUUCAACGAUGUUGUCGGGUGUAAAGUAAGUCGACGGCAUCCGAAGAAUUUCCGCGUCGUUGUGCUCCGCGGGAACGAUGCGACGGAGCAGAAGCGUUAUGACUUUGAGGCGCGCAAUGCGCUCGAAGCCGUGGAGAUUGUGGACGAGAUUAAGAAGAACAUGGCGCAUUAUCGGACAUGA